ACCAGAGUGACUUACUGUGCGCAGGCCCUGCCUUCCUUUUCGGCACAUUCCCGAUGGCUGUGCCUUUGUCUUGGCGAAUAGAGGAAGCUGGGUACUUUCCACGAUGCAUCCAGUUCUCAAGGAGUGAAGUGAAGUGAGGCGAAGCGAAAUGACAUGCAGUGGAGAACGUGAGGAAGGUGCCACUUCCACUGAAGACGCGAAGGCAAGCCCAGCGUAACACAGCAGAGCUACUCCACCAUCAUUACCACCUUCCUUCCUUCGUGUCUAUAUCGACACUUCUCUGCGCCAUUCUUUGUUUUUUAAGACGUUCGACAUGGCAAACCUUUCUGCCUCCCUGGCCUCCACUGCAGACGAUGUCAUCACUUGCAAAGCGGCAGUGGCAUACGAGCCCAACAAGCCGCUGACUUUAGAGGAAAUCCACGUUGCUCCACCCGAACCUUCGGAAGUACGCAUCAAGAUCACCAACGGUGCAAUUUGUCAAACUGAUCUAUACUACUUGAAAGGGAAGGAUGCAGACAAAAUAUUUCCUCGCAUUUUCGGUCACGAAGGAGCAGGAGUAGUGGAGAGCGUGGGCAGUGACAUCAAGAAUCUGAAGCGGGGAGAUAAGGUGAUCCCUGCAUGGAUGGCUGAAUGCAAGAAAUGCCCGAAGUGCCUGCGCGGAAAGUCUAAUAUCUGUGACACCCUUGUGUACAACUGGAGCAAUGGUUUUAUGCCAUCGGACAAGAAAACAACGCGUUUCUCUAAAGCUUCCAAUGGAAUGCCAAUUAACCAUUUCUUCGGUACUUCAACAUUCAGUCAGUACACUGUCUGCGACGAAGCUUGUGUAGCUAAAAUUAAUCCCGAGGCCGAUCUCUCUAAAGUUUGCCUUUUAGGUUGCGGUGUACCCACAGGAAUCGGAUCUGCGUGGAACAUCGCGAAAGUAACCCCUGGUUCCUCAGUGGCGGUGUUCGGUUUGGGCACCAUUGGACUUUCGGUAGUGGAAGGAGCGAAGGUAGCUGGGGCAUCCAUGAUCAUUGGGAUUGAUAGAGAUGACCACAAACUCAAACAAGGUCUUGAGUGGGGACUCACAGAUACCCUGAAUACAUGCGGCCUUGCCAAGCCCAUUGAAGCAAUCAUUAAAGAAAUGACAGAUGAUCAAGGGGUUGAUUUUUCCUUCGAUUGUACUGGCAACCCUGGGGUCAUCUACUCUGCAAUGGAAUGCGCCAAUCCAGCUGGGGGGGUAGCAGUAAUCCUUGGUUUGAUGGAUUCCUCGAAGGAAAUUUCAUUCCAUCCCAGCAAGCUUUUGUGGGGGAAGUCGUGGACUUCAGGGUUAUUCGGGGGUUUCAAAGGAAGGUCUCAGUUGCCAGACUUGGUUGACAAAUGUGUAGAAGGGGUAAUCAAUUUGGACCACUACAUUACGCACAAGAUGCCAUUCUCGGAAAUAAACAAGGCCGUGGAGUUGCUGGAGAAGGGAGAAUGCUUGCGCUGUGUGAUGGACUACGACCGCUGAUUGAUUCCUUCAUGUCUUAGUGCAUGGUUUGACAAUCAUUGUUUACAGUCACUUAAAAAUUAUGGCGAUAGUUUCCUGGUAAUACAUACUAAUGUGUGAAAGUGCGGUGUUUAAUGUUCGUAAAAAAUACAUAGUAUAUACGAUAUGUUUACAUUAGGCGAUAGUUUUGGGAAGCUUAGAUAUUGGUCAGACCUUCCAAAUCUUCCCCAGACUUGUUUUGCAAGUUUAACUUGUGUGCACUCACUGGCUGUAGUAAAGAGUCGGAACAGUAACGACUGUAA